GCGUUGGAUUGUGGUACCGGUGCUCCUGGUGGAAUUUGUUGGCCGGUUAACUGCUGGUGGGGUUGAGGAGACCACUGAGCUCGGGUUUAACCGGCGAUGAAUACUCAUGAAAGUAACAGUGCCGUGGAACACCUUGGAGUGGCAUACGCGAAAGGGAUUUACCUGAGCUUGUUUUGUCGCGAGAGCAAUCAGUUUUACUUUACCCAUCGACGCGAACGCACGCACGCACACAAGUGAUUGUUCAAAUAUACUUUUAAGUAAAUAACUAUUUAAAAUAUUUAUUGACAGUACCGACAAUAACAAGUCCGAGUGCUGUGCCAAGUAAAAAGUGUCUUGAGAAACAGGAUGCGAACUUCCUGAAUAUAAAUAUUUUUAAAAUUGAGAUUAUUUGUGAAGCGCAAUCAUGGAUUGGAGAACUGGGAGCAUGUACUUCCUGUGGCUAGUGCUGACACUUUCGUCGAUUAACGGACAUGCGGAGAAAAAAGUUGUCUGUUAUUACACGAACUGGUCAAUAUACAGACCAGGUACCGCCAAGUUUUCACCUCAAAAUAUAAAUCCUUAUCUAUGCACGCAUCUAAUUUACGCCUUUGGAGGAUUUACUAAAGACAAUACAUUGAAACCGUUUGAUAAAUAUCAAGAUAUUGAAAAAGGUGGAUAUGCCAAGUUUACUGGUCUGAAAACCUACAACAAGAAUCUUAAAACAAUGCUGGCGAUAGGAGGAUGGAAUGAAGGAUCAGCGCGAUUUUCCCCGAUGGUAGCAGACCCAGAAAGACGUCAGGCGUUUGUCAAAAAUUCAGUUAAAUUUUUAAGACAGAACCACUUCGAUGGGCUCGACCUCGAUUGGGAGUAUCCCGCGUUCCGAGAUGGGGGCAAGCCACGCGACAAAGAUAAUUACGCUGAUCUCGUCCAGGAACUGCGGCAAGAGUUCGAGAGGGAAUCAUCUAAGACUGGACGACCGAGAUUACUUCUCUCUAUGGCAGUACCAGCAGGUAUUGAGUAUCUGGAGAAAGGAUACGAUUUGCCAAGACUAAACGAGUACCUCGAUUUCUUCAAUCUUCUAUCCUACGACUACCAUUCAGCGUUUGAACCUGCUGUUAAUCAUCAUGCCCCGCUCUACGGACUCGAAGAGGACAACGAGUAUAAUUAUGACAGUGAACUAACUAUCGAUUAUACGAUAUCUUAUUUACUGAAACACGAUGUUUCCUCGGAUAAAAUAAUACUAGGAAUUCCUACGUACGGUCGUUCGUACACUUUAUUUAAUCAAGACGCGACGGCGAUUGGUUCGCCAGCAGACGGUCCGGGGGAAGAAGGGGAUGCGACACGAGAAAAAGGAUAUCUCGCUUACUAUGAGAUUUGCGAAAAUGUUGCUAAAUCGAACGAAUGGGAGAUAGUGCAGCCUAAUUCAAAAGCUAUGGGUCCGUAUGCAUUCAAAGGCAACCAGUGGGUCGGUUAUGAUGAUGAAAAUAUUGUUAGAUUGAAAUCUAUGUAUGUAAUUGAAAAAAAUCUCGGCGGUAUCAUGUUUUGGUCGAUUGACAAUGACGACUUUCGGGGAAAGUGUCAUGAUCGCCCGUACCCGCUUAUUGAAGCGGCAAAAGAAGCCUUAUUGGCUGGAACUGAAAAUGAACAGACGACACAGAAACCGAAAUCGGGAGGUAGAAAAAAAACUAGACCUCAAAUUAGUGGUCCGAGAUCGGAUGAUUCGAGUAGUAGGAGAGCGAGACCUGAGAAACGGAGACCCAGUGCCACGACACAGCCAUCGCGGAAUCGAGUUUCUCAGAGAUUUGGGUCUAAUGCAAGAACUCAGGGUAAUUCUGAAGAAAAUUAUGGUCGUAGAGGUGAAGAUGUUGAAGAAGAAGGGAACGCUGUUAAGGAAACAAGCAGCAAUCGGUGGAAAUCGAACCAGAGAAAUCGAGUGAGUAAAGUCGGAAAUCGUAGAAAAGUUCAGACUACUGAGAGAUACGAGGAACCUGUUGAAGAAGAGGCUAAAGAGUCCACUAGUAUCAGACUUACGACACCAGAGCCUCCGACUACUCCCGAUCCUGGUAGUGAUUUCAAAUGUGAGGACGAAGGAUUUUUCUCUCAUCCCCGUGACUGUAAAAAAUAUUUCUGGUGUCUGGACAGUGGGCCAGGAGGACUUGGAAUCGUGGCCCAUCAAUUCACUUGUCCAUCGGGACUAGUAUUCAACAAAGCCGCUGACUCAUGUGAUUACCCUCGGAAUGUUGUAUGUCCCAAAGCGAAAACUAAAACUGCGACGACCACGACGACAACUAAAGCCCCGAUUACUACUACAAGUCGCCCGACAACUACUACAAGACGUACCACGACAACAGAAGAAUAUUCUGUCGAAGAGUAUGAGUAUGAUGAGGAUGAAAAUAUAACUGAUGAAGAAGUAAAGGAAGAAGUAAAGACUACGACUCCGAGAUCGUUGGUUUACAAGACGAUAGCGAGAAAUAAACCCACUACUACUACAGUGACUGAACCUCCGACAACAAAUUCUCCGAGAAUUUUGAAACCAAGUUCUGAUAAAGUAUUUGAUUUGGAGGAUGAAGAAGAUCCUAGAGUUAUAAAAGAACUUAUCGAACUGAUUAAGAAAGCUGGUGGUUUGGAACAGUUGGAAAGACAGUUGAAUAUUCAGGAAAAGACUCCGAUGAGAAAGUCGGAUGAUGCUGGAGACAAUGGACAAGUCACGCCGGCGACAAUCAGUCGCAGUUUGUACGAAAGAGUUCUCAGCCGUCAAGCGAAUAAAGUCAAUAAUUUGUUUGGACUUUCGACGACCCAGAGAACCACUACGACGACCGAAGGGUCCAAAAAUUCUAGAGGGAGCCCGCAAAAUGGGCCGGGUGGAGCUCAGUUUGAAGGUCUGGAUGACGUUCCGGAAGUGAAAAGUCUCAGACGAACAAAAAAACCCCAGUAUGUUACGAUUGAACGUCAGAGGCCUUCGACGACUCCAGUCUCUGAAGAUAAUUUCGAGGAAGACCAACCGGAGGACGAUGAAUCUGAAGAACAAGACAAUGCGGAUGUUGCGUCGUCUGAAGAUCAGGCGGUUAGCGACCUUCCGGAAAGUAGAAAAGACUCGUCUAAGAAAGUUACACCGAAUUACGUAAACAUUCGACGCACACGUCCGACCACUCCUGCAUACGAAAAUGAUUUAGAAGCCAGAGAUCAAGUUCCUGAUAGAGAACAAUCGAAAUUUUUACAAGAGAACGCAGACAAAACUGAAAAUGAAAGCUUCUCACGUCAAAGGCCCGUAACUUCUACGUCAAAUGACGAAGCGGAUCCGAAGGAGGAAAAAGAGAUAGUGGUCUCAAAAAAUAGGUACACUAACACUCAAAGAUUUAGAAGUACGACUUUGAGAUCGAAUGAAUCAACAGCUUUCACCGAGAGCAUUAAACCCAGUGAAAAAACUACAACGGAGAUUGUAAUCCCGACAACCCAAGUAAUUAAUCAACAAGAAAGAGAACAAAAUUUAGAAACGUUUGAUUUUCCAACAUUACCAGUAUCUACUAUAGAAUUUUCAUCGACGCCAGCAGCUGAGGAACCAAAACAAUCACCGGUCACUGAAAUCGUAUCGGGGCCAAAGGCGACCAUAAGCACGACCCAUUUACCGCUUGCGGAACCGACAGUUAAGUUGGUAGAAAAUUUUGUCACCGAAUCUCCGUUGACAACGGAAUCAGUCAGCACCAGAGUGACCCAGCCACCGACCACACGCACGACUGCUGUAUCGCAGCCCCGGCCUUUCGGUUUCCCAAGACGAGGACGACCUACGACGACAACGACCACGGCCUCACCGACAGUCUUGUCAUCAACAACAGAUCAAUCUAGAGUAAAGGUGAGUACUAGACCGACGAGAAACUUUGUCAGAACAAGAGCAAGACCGAAACCUAGUGAAUCAACAAGUGAUAGUAAAAAUCAUCUUGACACUGAAGUUUCUGAUAAUAAUUUAAAUGAAACUUCUAAACCCAAGCCGGCGAGCAGUAGCAGAACGAGAUUUAUCAUAAGAAGAGGCGGCAGUAAAUUCUCUACACCGUCGCCGCAAAAUGUGACAGAGAGUUCGAACGGUUCGAAUGAAUUCGCGGUACGCAGGCGCACCAGGCCGACGGCUCAAACGACGGUCUCUGAAGCAACUCCAUCGACGACUGAAAGCAGACCUACUACUCAUCGCAGACGAGGAAGACCCACGACACCCAUCCCUGAAGUAACUUCUCAAAACAAUAAACGACGACGAAGACCAACUGCUGCACCAGUAACCGACAGUCCAAUUAUCAGAAUAGUCCCAAAAAGUAUCGACGAACCAGUUUUAAAUUUCUCCAAGUCCGGAUUCAAUGCCAUCGUUGUCCCCGAAAGAAUAACAAACAUAAAAAUUUUAAAACUCGCUGAUUCGCGAAACGAUUCACUCAAUGCCAUCGAAUUCACAACAGCAGAAAGUGAAACAUCAAAACUUGUAGAUCUUGAUGACUCUGCAACCGAAUCAACGAUAUUAAUAACUUCUCCUGAUCCUUUCACAAAAUAUACAACCACUGACUAUUCAACUUUAACGACUCCUACGUUAGAUGCCGAUAAAAAUGAGGGAGAAGAGAAGCAAACAAAGAAAAAGGUAUUGCUGAGAAAAAGACCGGUUUCAGAAGUAAAUUACACAGACCAAGAUCAUCUCAAACGACGGCGUAAAGUAAUAAGACGUCUAGGACCCGUAUCAUCAGAAGUUUUAGAAAACCCAACAACUGCUUCUACAAAUUAUAUUAAUGACAACGAAGUGGUAACAACAACCGAGUCACUGUUCAGUUUUAAUGAUCGCGAAAGUUCAACGACUGAAGUCACUACUUCAGCUGCGACCGAGUACACUACGGAAGUCGGAGUAGAUGCUACGACUUUGGGGAUUGAAGAGAGCACCACAUUGAUCAGCAAUGAUGUAGAUUCCGAAACUACGACAUUGAGUUCUGAAGAUUCAUCAGAAUCUACGACAGUCACGACAACGACUUCCGCGCCCACAACAACUGAAAAAGCAAGCACGCGAUUUUUGAGAAGGAAAUUUGUUCGCAAACGACCCGUUGACUAUUCUGCAACAUCAACGGCAUCACCCAGACGUUUUGGAUUCUCUAGAACCACCACAGAAGUACCGACCUCAAGCUUCUCUCCUUCAAAACGUCGAAAAAAUCUUUUUAUUCGCAGGCGCCCGGUUCCCUCGACGACUUCCUUAAGUACCGAGUCAUUUGAUGAUGACGAGAGCAACGAGUUCAACACAGUAACAGACGUAAGAAGCUCAUCGAUCAGUCCAGCUCAAGAGCUUCCGUCUCUCAAGAACUUGAUAAAUCAUGAAAUAGAAUCAAACCUUGACACUCAUUAUCAUCAAGACGAUGAUGAGAGUGGUGGUGACAGUGAUAGUUUUGAAGAUCAAUUAGAAAAGUCUGAUAGUUACGAGACAUAUAGCGAUAACUUUCAGGGCAUUCCAGUUCCUGUGAGAAUAUUAAAUGACAUUGACAGCAAGGAAGUCGUAAAUCAACUGGCUGUCCUUCAUCUCCCGCAAAGUAUUUUGAAUUCUUUGGUUUCCCACAGCAGUAUCCUGAGAAUUCAAGUUGUCGAUAAGCUUACAGACAAUGAAAUUGACCAGGAACAUCUCACAACUACUUUCCAAGACUUUACUGCUACCACGGAAAAGUCAACUACUAUUCAAGAAGAAAAUUCUUCUAGUAUUCGUGGGUUUUUUAUAACUAAAAGUAUCAAUUCUCCAUCAACUACUCAGUCACCUGAUUCACUAGAGUCAUCGACUGUUCAACUAUCUGACUAUUCAACGUCAUCAACUACUCAGUUAUCUGAUUCAUCAGAACCAUCAACUGUCCAGUCAUUCGAAUCUUCAAAGCCAACUGAAUCAACAACUCAAUCAAGUAAUUCUGUUGAAAUAUCAACUUUAUCUGAUGAUUAUUCCAGCAAAACAACUGCAGAAGUAGAAUUAAACUCUACUACUACUAAUUCUGUUGAUGUAACAAAUAAUAUCACGACUUUAGAAAUGAUUGAAACAACUGUAGCAAUAAGAGAAGAAUUAACUACUCUACCUCCGUCUACUAACCACGAAACCAUAUCCCCAGAUACUGAAAAAAGUCUGACGAAAUCCAUAAAACAGAUAACGGUACUUCGUCGUCGAGUGGGCGAACCAAGAACGGAUUCACCCAGACAAGAUCGCCAGCUGUCAAAUGAUUCUCAAGAGAUAAAUAAAAUAACUCCGUUACCGGACGCGUCGCAACACCAUUGGAAAAAGAGGGUGAUACGAAAACGAGCGAGAUCGCUUUCAAUCGAGGACCAGAGUAUCGCGGAAAGUCAAUUACACGACACUGUAGAUCAUCUCCAGUUGGUGUCAUCUCCAACAGAAUCCAGUGACGAUGAGAAGCCAAAUGAAACUCUGAGUGAACUCACCGUUGGAGAGGUCAGUCCAGUGAGGAGCCCGAAUAACUUUCUGAGGAAACCGGGAGCGCGACCAGAAGUUCCGAGUCGUUUUAAACCAUCCAGGAACAAAACUCAAGUAGAUGGAGCAAAUACUGAAAGAAGAUAUUCGAGUAAAGUUAAACUGGACCAUGACCAAAGUAGUCGCGCGCAAGAGCUCGCAGUGUCGGUAGCAGACCCGCCAGCUGACACUUCCUCAUCUCGACAGGGUAAUGAAAGAGAAGCUGCUAAAUCGCGAGACGUCAGAGACAGCCUCGACGUUAACGCAGAUGAAGAGACUACCGAGUCAUCGACAGUCGCUACCAGAAACACGACACCCGUUAGGCGAAGACAGCGACCCAAGAGUGAAAGGAUCCGGGAGACGACGACGCAACGGCCACGACACCCGGAGAUAAUCGACUACGACUACUACGUCGACGAAGUUGGCCGACUAUCAAUAGGUCCUGAGUUACAGGACAAAAUUUACGUAACAGCACGCGGUACUUUUGGUUGUCUUGAUCAAGGAACGUUCGCUCAUCCUACAUCUUGCAAAAAAUUCAUCACCUGUGCCAAGAUGGUCGGUGGCCAGGUUGUUGCCACUGAAUAUACUUGUCCGAAAAAAUUGUCUUUUGAUCCGGUCGGCGGCAUUUGCAACUGGUCCGCUGGUCUUGGUUGCAAUGAAUCUUCAUAAUUAUUUUUUAUUCAUUAAUUUCUCACACUAAUAAUAAUAAUAAUUAAUUUUACUGUAGAUUAUAAAAGGCAUUACUUAGUGAUCGCUGAUUUUAAAAUUAUAAAAAAAUUUGGUACGAAUAUUUAAUGAUUCAAAAUUAAGAUCAACAUGAUCAUUGAACCUGUAGCCAUAUGUAUAUUAUUUUUUAAGCACAGUGUCGUGAUAUUAUCAUUUAAAUAUAUAUGUAUCAGUUAUAUUCAUUUUUGUAUAUAUAAUAUAAUACUAAUUAAUUUGUAAAUAAAUAUAAGACAUACCUUUAUUAAAUU